AAAAGACCAACAAAGCCCAGCCCAGCGGAAGGAACGGUCCGCAGUUGUUUCUCGUCGGUAACGAAGCUCGCUCUUCCUUGCUCUCGCCCCUACUCUUCCUGAUGUUAGAUCGAGCGGCCCUCUAAAAGCAGGUUAGAGUGAUUGGUACAAAAAACACAGCAAACGCUCGCAGCUACAAAAAGGAUGAAAUUCUUUCUGGACAUCCUCCUGCUUCUCCCCUUACUGAUCUUCUGCUCCCUAGAGUCCUUCGUGAAGCUUUUUAUUCCUAAGAGGAGAAAAUCAGUCACCGGCGAAAUCGUCCUGAUUACAGGAGCUGGGCAUGGAAUUGGGAGACUGACUGCCUAUGAAUUUGCUAAACUUAAAAGCAAGCUGGUUCUCUGGGAUAUAAAUAAGCAUGGACUGGAGGAAGCAGCUGCCAAAUGCAGGGGACUGGGUGCCAAGGUUCAUACCUUUGUGGUAGACUGCAGCAACCGAGAAGAUAUUUACAACUCUGCAAAGAAGGUGAAAGCAGAAGUUGGAGAUGUUAGUAUUUUAGUAAAUAAUGCUGGUGUAGUCUACACAUCAGAUUUGUUUGCUACACAAGAUCCUCAGAUUGAAAAGACUUUUGAAGUUAAUGUACUUGCACAUUUCUGGACUACAAAGGCAUUUCUUCCAGCCAUGAUGAAGAAUAAUCACGGCCAUAUUGUCACUGUGGCUUCAGCAGCCGGACACACCGUGGUCCCAUUCUUACUGGCUUACUGUUCAAGCAAAUUUGCUGCUGUUGGAUUUCAUAGAGCUUUGACGGAUGAACUGGCUGCCUUAAAAACAACUGGAGUCAAAACAACAUGUCUCUGUCCUAAUUUCAUAAACACUGGCUUCAUCAAAAAUCCGAGUACCAGUUUGGGACCCACUCUGGAACCUGAGGAAGUGGUAAACAGGCUGAUGAAUGGGAUUCUGACUGAGCAGAAAAUGAUUUUUGUUCCAUCUUCUAUAGCGUUUUUAACAAUAUUGGAAAGGAUCUUUCCUGACCGUUUCCUGGUAGCUUUAAAACGAAAAAUCAAUGUUAGGUUUGAUGCAGUUAUUGGAUAUAAAAUGAAAGCAUAAGUGCCUAGUUUUCUGAAAACUGAUUUACCAGGUUUAGGUUGAUUUCAUCUAAUAUUGUCAGAAUUUUAAUGUUUGAACUUCUGUUGCUUUCUAAUUAUCCCCAUUUUUUCAGUAUCAUUUUUGAGGCUCUGGUAGUCUUCAUUUAUUACUGCUUGUUCUUUAGCUAAAAGCUGAUUACAUAUAAUAUAACAGAGAAAUACCUUUAGAGGUGACUUUAAGGAAAAUGAAGAAAAAGAAUAAAAAUGAUUUUAUUAAAAUAGUUUCCAAGAUGCUAUAAUUCACCUGAAUGAUUUGCAAAAUUUGUACCAUAACUGUUUAUUUAACGUAUAUUUUUGUUUUUGAUUGCACUUAAAUUUUAUGUAAUUUGUGUUGCUUUUUCUGUUUUACAUAAAAUCAGAAACUUCAAACUCUCUGAAUACAAUGAAGGACUAUAUCUAGUGGUAUUUCACAGUGAAUAUCAUGAGCUCUCAAACAUUUCAUCCUAUCCAUUACCACUCUGUUUCCUGAGAGAUACCUCACAUUCCAAUGCCAAACAUUUCAGCACAGGGAAGCUAGAGGCGGAUACAUGUGUUACAAGUGUAAAAGCAUCAUUGGGAUUUAAGGAGACUUUAAAGAAUUUACCCAUAAGUGGCAACAAUAAUAAAUGGAUCACACUUAAA